AUGGCUGCACCCAGGGCCUGGGAAUUCGACUUCAAUGCCAUAAGUCCGUUGAUCCAAUAUGCCCCGACACUCAGCGAUGGGUCGAACACUUCCACUGGUUGGGGAACUUUUUAUGACGCUACUUCUGAAACAUCACAUCGUAUUACCAGGACUCAGAUAGCGGUUUUUGGGAAUACCAACGCUUCGUAUGCUGUUUACUUCGACGGGUAUGAAGAACCCCAGCUGUCCAGCCAGAAGGACGUAUUAUAUCAAUCGAACGAGGCCAACCUAGGCGGGCAUUCCCUGAAACUCACUGUAUUGUCUAACUAUGAAAUGCAAUACUUCAAAUUUCAUAAAUUUGUGGUGACUUCAUCCGCUGUUAGCAUAUCAAAGCUUCCGAAGCUAGACAGUUUUGCAAGCGAUGAUGCUGAGAUGAUGGUGCCGCAUGGAACAUGGCAUACGAAAACUUCCUCGAAUAGUUUCCCGCUGAAUUCACAGCCGCUCACCACAGUACGGUCGACGAAUAGUCCCGGAGAUAGCAUGAAUUUCUCGUUUAGAGGGCGAGCUAUUGCUAUAUAUGGCCCAGUUAACGCGACCAGUGGCUUGUUUUCUUUUCAGCACAGAGAUGCAGUCAACAUUGUCAAUGCGGGCUCACCGAUUCCGAUCGAUGAGACACUGAUAUACUAUCAAGAUGGUUUCAACGAGAGCAUUCCGACCACCGUUAGCAUCACAAAUCUGGGAAUAGGAGAGACGACAUUUUCAAUGUCAAGAGCUGAGAUCUAUUCACUCAAUUCCAGCACCUCAAAUAAUAAUAAUCCCGGGCAAGGAUCGAAGCAUAUUAAGACAAUCAUCAUUGGAGUGAUCGCUGACGUCGUUUUUGGUGUCGUAGCGGUAAUCCUCGGCAUCGUGCUGAUGAAGAGACAAAGGAGACGAGAAGGCAUUAUGAACCGAAAGGAUGCAGGCAUAAACACCAUUAUCCCGUACACUGUUAGAUAUGAGGUAAAUGGCUAUGGUAGACAAGUUACAAAGCGUCAAACUGAUCACUGCACGACGAAGGCGGGAAUAGGCGGACCUCAGGGAGCUACAUCUGUUGGGACACCCCAGGCUUUGAUGCACCCUCCUGCACCAGCUGCAAAUAGUUUCCGUCUAGCAAAACUUGCAAUAGAGAUUCCGCCUGUUGUUCGUCACUUCAUCACAGGGAUCCGAGGACACAGCUGGAUCUCCUCCGCCCUAUCCCGUAUCUGCGUCGCAGAGGAGCUUCCGACCCACCAGUUAGACUGUGCUGUUCGUAUCCUUCGUUCUACAUCAGCCAUGUGGUCUACAAGAGCGGGAGUUUCCUUGUGUGAUGCUGCCGAUCUGACAUUUUCAAACAUUUUCUUUUGA